AUGGGCGCGGAGGGUCCUCCGGGCGAGCGCCCGGCCCCGGCGCGGCGGCGGCACGGCUGCCGGCGGGUGCGCCUGAUGUGCAUGCUGGCGCUGACCUUCCUGUUCUUCGUGGUGGAGGUGGUGGUGAGCCGGCUGACGGCCUCGCUGGCCAUGCUCUCGGACUCCUUCCACAUGCUGUCGGACGUGAUGGCGCUGGUGGUGGCGCUGGUGGCCGUGCGCUUCGCCCAGCGCACCCGCGCCACCAAGAAGAACACGUUCGGCUGGGUGCGGGCCGAGGUGAUGGGCGCCCUGGUCAACGCCGUCUUCCUCACCGCGCUCUGCUUCACCAUCCUGCUGGAGGCCAUCGAGCGCUUCACGGAGCCCCACGAGAUCCAGCAGCCCUGGGUGGUCAUCGGCGUCGGCGCCGCCGGGCUGCUCGUCAACGUCCUGGGGCUCUGCCUCUUCCACCAGCACGGCGGCGGCGGCGGCGGCCAUGGCCACUCGCACGGCGGAGGGGGCGGCAGCCGGCGGAGUCGCAGCGGCUCCCGGGGCAAGGCGCUGGAGCGGCCUCCCGGCGACCCACAUAAAGAAGAGGAGACCAACACCCUGGUGGACAACUUCAGCAGCUCCAAUGGAGUCAGCAUGGAGAAGCUAGGUGAUUUGGUGAAAGAUAGCCAAAUGGAACUACAGCCAAACGGGAACAUUAGUAAUCACUCCUCUCUUGACAUGGAAGUUGAUGAAGACACGAGUGCUCAGCUCAACAUGCGUGGAGUAUUUCUUCAUGUCCUUGGAGAUGCCUUGGGUUCAGUUAUUGUUGUGGUGAAUGCCUUGGUAUUUUAUGCUUAUUGGACUCCAUGCCCUAAGGAUGGGCCUUGCAUUAACCCAUGUAUCAAUGACCACUGUGCAGAAAACAUUACUCAGAUUUCUGGCAGAAUGAAUGCAACCGAAUUUGAGAAAAUUCCUGUAGCUGGGCCUUGCUGGGUCCUAUAUUUAGAUCCUGCCCUGUGUCUGAUAAUGGUUUGCAUUCUGCUCUACACAACUUACCCGCUGCUUAAAGAAUCUGCUCUUAUCCUUUUGCAAACUGUUCCCAAGCAAAUUGAUAUUCGCUCUUUAAACGAGAAACUCCGUAAACUGGAAGAAGUUGAAGCUGUCCACGAGCUGCAUGUUUGGCAGCUGGCAGGAAGCAGGAUCAUCGGCACGGCUCAUAUAAAAUGUAAGGACCCAGAAUCAUACAUGAAAGUGGCUAAGGAUAUUAAAGAGAUCUUUCACGAUGAAGGGAUACACGCAACAACCAUUCAGCCUGAGUUCACGGUUAGGGGCUAUGAUGUAAGCUCUGAUGAGGGUGUAGGCAAAUGUGAACUUCCCUGCAGAACCCAGUGUGCUCUGAAGCAGUGUUGCGGGGCUGUGGAAAAGACUAUUGCAAAGAAGACAGACAAGUCCCCUUCAAUUAGUAUUUCUUGUUCUGAAAUAGUCAUUGACUCUCCACAUCACAAAACCAGAAGGACUAAAUCAGAGUGUAUACCUGCUAUAAAGCUAGAGGCAGAACCUGACCCUAACAAACAAUUCGAAUCCUCUUUGUAAUUCCCAAAGUUGUGCUGGGAGAAGUCUGGCUUCAAUCACAGGUUGAUUGUGAGAAGAAAAGACUAGUUGUUCAAGAGACAAGUUGCAAAAUAAUGUAAUUGUUGAAGUCCCUGUUCUUGUCACAACACUUAAAUCUAGGCUGCCUGUUUGAAAGAACAUCAUAGUGCCGUCCUCACACAAUGUGUGUUUGUGUUAACUCUUAGUUGAAUAGCACAGAAAAGUUCAACCAAUGCUGCAACAACUCCGCAGAACCAGUUUCAUCAUUUCUGCUGAGAUGCAUUUUUUGUUGAGUUUAAAAUUAAAAUGACUUUUCCCAACAAACCUUCUUCCCACCCCAAUCCCCUAAUCAAAGUUGUUUUGUGUUAGGCUUCCUAUUGGGAUUGCUCUUUCUGCUUAUUGAUUUUGUGUCCCUGUGCGUGCAUGUGUGUGUAUCAAUAUUUUACAAACCAUAAGGAGAGGAAACCAAAGUAAAAAAAGAAAGAAAAAAGUAGAUGCUUGGGGAAUUUUAGACUUCCUUAUUAAAUGAAAAAGUGAAUGCUAUCUCAAGUAGAUAUACUAAAUAGCAUUAGUAGUAGCAUUUUAAAACAUAUCCAGUACUUGUUGACAAAAAUCCCUUUUUGUAUUGGGCCUCUGAUAUAAUGAAAACUGGAUGUUUUGGAAAUACAAAUUGUAAAAAAUUACAUGCCUGGACUGUAAGUUUAACUUUGCAGACAAAAAACUGGAUGUACUUUUCUAGGGGCUUAUCAGUAAGGGUUUUCUCCCUUUCAUAUGGUCUCUUUCUUUUAAACAACCUUGUUUUAUAUAUUUAGAAUUCAAUAGAACUCAAAUUCAAAUAGAAUUAUGCUGAGUCUAGAGAGCCAGAACCGGUCUCUGUCUUAGUAGUGUCAUUUUGUGGCUUCCUGAAACGGAAUGCUUACUACUGGCUGGAUUACACCUAGUAUAAGUUUUAAAGAAGAAUUCCUGAGAAUGAAAUUUAGCAGAUAGAGUUCAUCAGUGUAUAUUGCUUAAACAUUAAUAUAUUUCUUCCCUUUCCAAGUAUUUAUGUCCCAUGCUGAGCCUUUUUGCCUGCAAGGUAAAGCAAAGUGUAAUUGGAACACUUCAUUUGUAACAAAACACAGGCAACUUCCUCUGAAGCAACGGUUUCAAUGCACUGAACUAAUUCGGACAUUAUGAUAGUCUAUUGGUUAUUUGGGAUGGAAAGAGCUGCAGCAAACUUUGGGCUCGCAUGCCCCCUCCCCCCUUCUCCAGCAUAGCCAAAGAGGAGAUUAGAGGCUUUCACUUCCUUUUUUUAUUUAUUUACAUGACCAUCAUUCAGCAUUGCAUCUAAACCCUAAACUGAUUAAUCUUAACUAUAGUUUGUUUCAAACCAAUCAUAGUUAAGAUUAACCUCAGUUUGUUGUGAUUAAUCAAAAAAGGAGCUGGAAGCCUCAGAUCCCCUCAUGCCUGCACUGGAGGAGGAGAGGGGACCAAGUAAGCCCAAGGGUUCACUACAGCUCAUUCCCUUUAUAAACCAUGGUUUAUUGUGACACUUAACUUGACCUGUGGUCAGCUCUUCUUAUCUGCAACAGCUUAUGUAUAGAGAGGCAUGUGGUGGAGAAGAAGACUAGCCCGCUUCAAUCUUGUCUCUUGUAGUAGGCUUUGAAGAUCUAAUGAUGCAAACUGUUUAGUAAAUAAAGCAGGGGAGGAAGUGGCUGCUCAAUGCUGUAAGUCACUAGCUGUAUAAAUGCAUAAAUUGCACUCAGACCUUUAGCCCAAACCUCUUAAAAUAAAGCAGCUUAGUCCCAUUGAAGUUAAAGGGACUAAUAUGGUGUUAAACACAAGGAUGCUAGCUGAAGUAUUUGUGGCUCACACAGCUGGUCUUUGUCUUCGCCUCACUUUUCCAAUGUUAAAAUUUGGGCUAAUUCCUAACUUUCAGAGGUAGCAUUAAUGCGAAUGAGUUCGAAAACAUUUUUGAGAGCUCUUAUUUGAAGGCUUUAUGAGAUUGCAAAAUUUCUGUAUAGCUUAAAUUAUUCCAAAAGUGAUUUGGUGUACAAUCACUGCUAGAAGAACAGAAAAACCCCUGGGUCUGCCUCAUGCAUUUAUCUUCUAUUAUACAUCUGUGGGUUAUCUUGCACUGUUUAAAUGCUGGCUUUUUAAAAUGAUGAAAGCCUUGGUUGAUAGGGGUUUAGGUUUGUUUCCUCCCUCUCAAAUACGUAUAGUCAAAACUCUUCACUAAUUUGCACUGCUUUUUAUUAGCAUGGAAUUACAAAGGAAAAAAGAGCAACCAAGCAGUGGUUUUUAUUCGCCCCACUGCUCAGUAGUAUUGUAGUCAAGCCUUAUUUUUGCACAACAAAACUAUUCCGUAGUUAACACACUACGAAGUGUGAUGAAGCUGUACUUGUAAAAUGAAGUACAUUUAGCAAUGCCUUCUGUAUUCCUUUUGUUGUAAAUGCCACCUGUUAAUAUUUCCAGUUUGUUUCCUACACAUUACUGCAAGCAUGCAGUAACGGUGCUGUUUAAUUCUCAUGUAGGUGUUUUUUUAUUGUAAAAUACAGGAGUUUCAAAAGUGAACUGCUUUUCCAUUGUGUGCACAGCUAGACUGGCAUAGCUGUUUCACAGGGAAUGUACAAGCAUGUAUCAAAGGACAGGCUAAAAAAAGCUUCAAUAAUACUAUAAAUUAUAGGUGUUGAAGUCAAGGCUUCCUAACUUUUUAAUGCUAUAAAUAUGAGCUAGCUCCCUUUAUUUUUUAUUACUAUUUUUUUUAAAAGGUGCGUGCCCUGUCUCCCACAUGGCACGCAUUCUAGAUUAAGACAGUCUCGCUUUUAACCUCAUCUUUGUUCUCAUGGGCCCGUUUCUUCUCUCUGUGUUAUUGGGUGUGUGUGUAUACUUUGGAAUAUGGCAAAUUUUUAACCUGCAUCUCUCUUGAAUACAAACUUUGACUCAUUUUGAGUGUGUGCUGCAGUGGUAAGGGAACAAUCUUGAUUGUUUAAAUAUAUAUAUAUAUCUCAAAAGCUUACCUUUAUGGCAGAAUGGAUUAAAUCCAUCAUUACAUGAGCAGACAUCUGCUCAUGCAGAGGGAGUUUACCUUCUCCCCAAACCCAUUAUGCCUCCCAAAUCUAUUCUUGAAGGUCCCCCAACCCUCUGGAGUAGAUUUGGGAGGUUAUGUGCGGGACCGAAUGGAAGGGGAAAUUCAAUCAUCAGUGGUGUCUGUUCAGCUGACAGAAGGGCAUCACUGGAUACGGCCCAAUAUGUUGUUAAUUUCUGCUUUGCAAGUAAAUUUAAAAAAAAUGUCAGCUAAGUAAUGUAUGUUUGGAACAAAAUUGAAUACCUUGAAUACCUCCAACUACAGAAAGCAUUUUUUUUUAAAAAAAAAGUGUACUUGAUUACGUGAAUAUAGAAGUCAGUUUUGCAGACUUCUGUAUCAAGUUCUGUUUCCCCCUGAAUGCCAGUGGUGUUGAGGGGUGUUUCAGUUAGACCAGAAGUAAUGAGCACAACUGCACUCAGUACAUGCUUGUGAUUAACUCCUAUAAUAGGCAUGCCAGUUUAUUUCACUGCAGUUUCCUGGAAAAAACUGCAUUGCGGUUUUCCAUGAGGCUGCAGUGAACACAUCACAAAAUAAACCUGUAUGGCCAUCUCACACAUUACAAGUUGCAUUGCAAAAAUGCAGUUGCGCAAGUGUUACAUUCACUAAUCAGUAACAAGUAAAGCUGUUUCAUGAGAUGAUAAAUGACCGGCUGCUUAAGGACUGGCUGUUUGUUCCACUACUGUUUGUAGAACUGGCCCACAAUUUUGAUAAAUGCCUUUACAAAGCAAAACUGAGUAUUUUAAAGUGUUGUCUCAAAGUUCUGGAGAAUGUUUGAAAACCACUUGGAACUCUAGAUGCAAGUAGCCCUCAAGAUGCUUUUGUUAAGUUCUGCUUUCUCCUUUCCCUCUCCCAGCCUGUGAGCAAUUGUAGCUCUUGCUGAAUGCAAACGAAGCUGGCACCUGGGAGCCUCUUUAAGAUCAAACUAUCAGUGAGCGCAUAGGCACUGACUCAACUGAGUUAACGGGAAACUUUGUUUUGAAUAGAAUGCACUUUCUGACUUUUCUCAUUGAUGUGUGUGUCGGGGUGGAGAAGCUACUUUAACACUGCAUCCCUUGCUUUUUGAUUUAAGGGUGUGUGUUUUUUUGUCAAAGGAGUAUUACAUAUUUAAGGGUAUUAAGUACAAUAUUGAAAUAUGCUGCUUUAAUUUCAUAAUAGCAUCAAUGUAGCCUUCUGGGACUCUGGCUUAUGUUUACAGAACAAUAUUUGAAUAUUACAAUAAAUAUUCAACUUUGGUUCUAUCUUGCACCAUCUCUUCACCUCUUGGUGGUCUGAAAGGUACUAAUGCUUCAUGUGCCUGAAAUAAGAACAUACUUUAUUUUUAUUUUUAUUUUGUAAGCCAAAUGCAGCCUUACUUAUAACAGGAGCUUUCAUCCGUGUGAUCCUGGGUUUGUGUAAUUAAAUUGCCUGUGUGAAGAACACUUCCUUGUCUUACAAAUGUAUGAGCCUGAUUCUCUCCCCUCCCCACAAUCCCACUUGCUGUACGUGUCUAUUUAAGUGUUCUUGAGCUUUGUCUCCAAACCCAAAUGCUCUGUGGUAGCUAGAGAGGCACCCCCUUCUUUCAUUAUAUGGGUUGUGUUUGAAAACAAUGUUUGGGAGGCAUAACCGGCAUAUCUGUAUCUGGUUACAUCGUACCAAUGACAACGGGCUUCUGUUUUAAACCAGUGAUGCUACUGUGUUUCUUUGCAUAUAAACUAAAGACUGAGAAGGAAAUAAAUGUUGCUAUAUAAACC